AUGAAGCUCAUGAACCUUCCUAAUGAGAUUUUGCUUCAUAUUGCCAGUUAUCUUGGAAAAGAGCUGGACAUCAAUGCGUUCUCGCAAGUCUGCAGACACCUUCACUCAUUACUCGAUCGUACUCUGUACCAGCACAAUGUUCGCUAUUCUGAUAGUACCGCUCUGCUCUGGGCAGCGCGUCAGGGUCGUGUCGAAACUGCAACAAAGGUCUUGGACGCAUGUUGCCAGCGCCAGGCAACUAUCAAUGACCGGGAACACCCAUCAGCUGUAAAGGCGAUAAUGGGCACUUCUGUAUCUGGAUCUGCCUGUACUCGUCUCGGCAGAGAGGACAUUACCAACAGGCUUCCACAUAUCACCAUCCGAUCCGUUGACGACAAUGGUCAGCCGUCGACGCCUCUGAUGGCAUGUAUUAAUUCGCGUACAAUUGAUUUAGGCCAGACAGCCUUGUCAAUCGCUGCAGAGUGUGGGUAUCUAAAAUUCGCGGAACUCUUGAUAGAAGCCCAGUGUGAUAUCGAAGCGUUAGAUCGCAAUGACCACUCUCCGCUAUUUCACGCCAUAUGCAAUAAACAUAUCAGCCUGGCGAAGUGUCUGCUUUUGGCGGGAGCUGAUCUCCACGCACAGGCCUUCCCCGAAGAAUCGUUGAUCUGCUGCGCUGCAAGGUGCGGCCAUCUUGCGUCCUUGAAACUGCUUCGUGAAUAUGGGGCAUUUUCGAAGCUUGAACCCACGCCCGUACUUCGAUUACUGCCAUUACAGGUGGCUGUAAGUGGCAAGCAUUACGAAGUGGCUGAAUUUCUUCGGGGGGCCCUGGAGUUGGACGCAUUGAUUGAGCUGGAAAGUGAGAACGUCCGCGCUUUACUGAUUUCCAUAGCUGCUGCUUGCGGCUGGGAGGAUUUUGUGCAUCGACUGCUGAUCCUUGAAUGCCCGGUGGAUGUAAUCGCGCAAGAUGAAGCCAUAUCAUGGCCCUCGAAAAGAGUGUAUCCCUUAUGCAGAGCAGCCGCAAACGGUCACUACCGAGUUGUACAAUUACUCCUAAAGUGGGAUGCGAGCCCCAAUCCCCCGCCCGGGCACCGAGCGGAGAUGGGGCCCUUGUUUUGGGCAAUCCAGGGUGGAUACACCAUGAUUGUUGAACUCCUCCUUGACAAUGGAGCGAAUCCGAAUACACCCGACUCCCACGGGGAAUCGAUGCUGGCGUUGUCUUUACCACACGCUGCGAUAUUUCGACUGCUAGUAUGGCGAGGCGCUCAUGUCAUCGAUAGGAGAAUUGUCAUUUGUAUGAGGAUCUUGGCGCUUUCUACUUGUUCUGUUCUCAGCUAUUAUUUAUUCAUGGUCUAG